CUGAGCCAGCAUGCGACACGUGACACUCACCACACAAACAACGGAAAGAUGGGGAUUGGCUGGAGUACACCCCAGUGCUUCUGAUGUUGAUCAUGCCGGCUGUCUGGGGCUUCAUUUAUGUGCGGCCUGAACAGGUUCACCUGUCCUACAGCGAUGCUCCAACCAAAAUGGUGGUAACAUGGGUGACCCAGAACAAGACUUCAGCAUCAAUAGUGAGAUAUAUGGCAUAUCAGCCUCAACCAAGCAGCAUUAGGAAACAUGACAACAUUUGUAGAUGGUGGUUCCCAACAUCAUACGCUGUACAUUCAUCGUGUAACACUUUCUGGUCUACUUCCUGGACAGAAAUAUGUGUACGUGGCUGGAGGACCAGAGGGCUGGAGUGAUAAGUUUCGUUUUAAUGCCACGAAGGACGGCAGUGACUGGAGUCCCAGGCUGAUAGUGUACGGUGACAUGGGCAAUGAGAAUGCCCGAGCUCUGCCUUACCUUCAGCUGGACGCACAGAGGGGACAGUUUGAUGCUGUUCUGCACGCGGGAGACUUUGCCUAUAAUAUGCAAGAUAAUGAUGCAAAGGUAGGAGAUGAAUUCAUGCGACAGAUAGAAGCUAUUGCUGCAUAUGUACCGUAUAUGACUUGUGUUGGAAACCAUGAAUCCGCAUACAACUUUUCCAACUACCGUAACCGGUUUACAAUGCCUGGUGGGGAUGGCACAAAUAUGUAUUUCAGCUGGAACAUCGGCCCCGCCCACAUCAUCAGCUUCAACACAGAAGUGUACUAUUCUCGGCAUGCCACCACAGAGAACAUCAAACGUCAGUAUGACUGGCUGGAGGCUGACCUACAGGAGGCCAACCAGCCAGCUAACCGAGCAGCCAGGCCUUGGAUCAUCACCAUGGGACACAGACCCAUGUACUGCUCAAAUGAUGACAGCAAACUUCGCUCCAACCCAUCUAAUCCUAUAAGAAAUGGCACUGCUGCAUUUUGGCCGAAUCUGGAGGACCUGUUCUACAAAUAUGGUGUUGAUUUGGAAUUUUAUGCACACAAACACUCCUAUGAGCGUUUAUUCCCCAUGUACAAAUCAAAGGUGUGCAAUGGCAGCGGCAGUGAUCCAUACACCAACCCAUCAGGACCUGUCCACAUCAUCACUGGCUCAGCGGGAAAUAAGGAAGGUCAGAGCAAGUUCCAACGUAAACCAUCAGCAUGGAGUGCCUUCCGUACCGCUGACUAUGGCUUCACCAUCAUGGACAUCAUCAACUCCACGCAUCUGGCCUUGAACCAGGUGUCCAUUGAGAAGGAAGGACAGAUCAUUGACAGUGUUGUCCUUGUUAAGGAUAAACAUGGCGCUGGGCUGUACAACUGUGUGUAAGAAGAGGGUCGGAAACUGAAUCACAACUGUCAGCUUCACAACACAAAGCCUGCUUACUCCGUGAAAAGCAUUCAGUGAACAAGAAAGACAAUAAAGUGCUUUCAAGUUAUUUCCUAUUCUAGCAGCAGAUAUUUAAUGUGGAAGAGUCUGAUGCAGAAAAUAUGUUUCUAUACAAAAGACGUCAAAUAAAAAUGUGAUUUUUCUAUUGUGACAACACACAAUUCACAUGUCAUGGCAGUCAACACACAAUUCACAUAUAAUGGCAGUCAAAACACAAUCGAGGAUGACAGGCGCACCUCACUUGUUGGUUGUGACAGGCUCUCCAAAUGUCACAAUAAACAAACACAGCAGGCAGAUGGUCGGCUUCAUGUGCAACAUACAGUUUCUUUGGUGAUGAAGAACAUUCAUCUCACCAAAAAAAAUGGUUUUUUUUUAUUAAAGCCGAAGAUUUGAUAUCUAGCAUCAGACAUUGAGUGUGAAAGUAUUAGAUACCAUGAAAACUAACCUAGUAUGUGCGAGUGUGUGCUUGCGUUGGAGUUUAUCUACAAGCAGCAGAUUAAUGUGAUGUGAUGUAACAUUUAUUUUAUAAAAUGCACUCAGUCAGGGAAUUUGUAUGACAGGUUAAAUAAAUGUCCGUAAUAAAUCUAAGAGAUUU